UGUACCCCCACAAAAAUGAGAUCCCGCCCCCUCCGCCUCGCCGGGGUCUGGGGGGAAAAGUGUGGGAAGAAUGAAACUUUUUGUGUCAACGUGGCGCCCAGCAGCCAGUCCCAGGGCCUCUCGGCCACGCCCCUCGCCCAUCCUCGGCCUCCGAUUGGCUCCGGGAGGGAUGAGGGGCGUGGCCCGGGAGACAACUGCAAGAGUGAAGAUGAACUGGGGCGGGAUUCAGAGAGGGGCCAUUGCUGGGAGUGGAGCUGCUGCUGCAAGUGGGGCAAGAAGCUGUGCACAAUGACGUGGCAGAAGAGCCUGUGUUCCUACUGGAUGUUGACUGUAUGUGUCAUGUGGGUUCUGGCCAAGCCACCCCCUGACAAGAAGGACCGUGUCCAUCACAGCCCAGACCUCAGUGACCACCUCCACGACGACAGCCAAGAUUUCCAGUAUGAUCACGAAGCCUUCUUGGGUAAAGAGGAGGCCAAGACAUUCGACCAGUUGACUCCCGAAGAGAGCAAAGAACGUCUAGCGAAAAUCGUCGAUCGAAUCGACAAGGACAAGGAUGGCUUUGUGACUCAGCCUGAAUUAAAGGAUUGGAUUAAGCACACACAGCACCGCUAUAUUUAUGAGAACGUGAACAAGAACUGGAAGGACUAUGACAAGGAUAGCGAUGGCCAUAUCACCUGGACUGAGUUCAAAAAUGCAACUUAUGGUCACUAUGAAGGAGAGGAGUUUGGUGAUCUGGAAGACAAAGACUCCUACCGGCGAAUGUUAGCCCGGGAUGAGCGACGUUUCAAGGCAGCUGACAAGGAUGGGGAUUUGAGUGCUACAAGGGAGGAGUUCACUGCCUUCCUUCACCCUGAAGAAUUUGACUAUAUGAAAGAUCUUGUGGUGACGGAAACUAUUGAGGACAUAGACAAGAAUGGAGAUGGCUUUGUAGAGGUGGAUGAAUACCUUGGUGACAUGUAUAGUCCUGAAACGGGAGAGCCAGAGCCCAGCUGGGUGAAGAGUGAACGUCAACAAUUCUUGGACCACCGGGACCUCAAUAAAGAUGGCAAAAUGGACCGAGAAGAGAUUGGGCACUGGAUUUUGCCCCCAGAUUAUGACCAUGCUGAGGUGGAAUCAAAACACCUCCUUGUUCACUCAGAUGUUGAUAAGGAUGAAAAAAUAACCAAGCAAGAGAUAUUGGACAAUUGGAACAUGUUUGUGGGGAGCCAAGCCACCAACUAUGGUGAAGAUUUGACAAAGGAGCACGAUGAGCUGUGAUCAGAGCAAGUGGGGGAUGCGUGUUGGAGCAUCCUCCCUCAGAUGCCAGUGGGGGAAGCACACUCCAGGAGGGAAAGGUUUUCUUAUUUAUUGGUGUGAGGGCCUGCUUAAGUUUUCUGGCAGUUACGAUAGCUGGCAUAAACCUGGGUGGUUUUUAUAUGAGCUGUUCUUCCUCUCCUGACUCCUUAUCUCCCUCAAACACUGUGAAGUUUUGCCAUACUUACAAAGAUGUCCUCACUGCCAGAAAUUUAAGAAGUGGCAGAUUAAACAUCUCUCACUCACUUCCAAAACAGUGUUCAAUCUAUUUUACAAGGGCUGGUCUGUGUUUGUGUAUUCCUCCUGUCAUAUUUGUGGAUUUCAAGGCAUCCAUUUGUUUUAUCUCCAAUAGUUUUAAACUGCUUCUCUAAAGGGCAAACUCCAUUGCCACUCAAGUUGCUCUCUUUCCUUGGUAACAAGAUUUACCUUUCAAACAGUAAUAUGGGACUUCAUAGGGGGCAAGCAGCUGAAGCGGCACAAACAAGGCAAUAGGUUUGAAAUCACCAUUUAUAUACAAAUAUAAAAGGCUCCUUAUAUGCAAUAUAUACGUAGCCUCAAUCCUUGGACAAAUAUUGUAGGUGUAGUUUCUCUUUCUACCCAUUCUUCUCCAGGAUGGCAGGCUUUCACGGGAGGAAUUCAUAAAACUUAUGCAGCAGAGUUUUGACGCCACCAAAGAAUAUGAAUCGACAAUCAAGCAAGUGUUGCCCCACCAUGAGCUGUGACGUUGUGAUUGUAACAAUCUGGAUUAUUAAUAAAACUAUUUUCCACCCCCUCCA